AUAUAUAUAUAUACACAUACUUUAAAUUUUGGUUUUUCUUUGUGUUUGUUUUAUUUUUGUGUUCUACCAUUCCUUUCUCAACUGACAAUCAGUCUUUGACUCUUCCAAAAAGAAACCUUUUCAUGCCAAACACUGAAACUAAAAUAGUUUUGGACAAAGAGAAAAAAAAAACUCAUUUUCAGACAAGCAUUUGUAGAAGAAAUUGACCAAAGAAAUCUCAUGUUUCCAUAAACUUGAAACUUCUUCUGCCAGAUAAAUAGUUACAUACUUCCAUCUGUAACAUAUUGCUACAUGACAUGGAGAAUUAAUCUUCAGUUAAUCCACUGGAAUUCACCUUGUUUGCUUUUACUUCAUCUGAGCCAUGUAGACGAUAAACGAGUGACUUUUAUUACGAACCAUUUAAAAAUAUCGAAAUGACGUUAUGCGAAAAAAGUGCGCGAAAUGCAAGCAGCUACAACAAGCCAUAACAAAUCGAUAAUAAGCUACAGGUCGAUAACGAGGCUGAAUGUGGUGAAAUAUGGAUUAGUUGUGUCGUCUUGCUGUAUCUGGACUUUAAUUAAAGGGGCACCUGUUCUCACAUCGACUCCAGCUGUAUCACUUUGUUAGGUUUUCCUCUUCAUCCACAGCUCUUUGAUGAUCUGAGUAUCAAAAAGCGCUGCUUCAGCAGUUCCUGCUUUCUGGCGCCAUGGCUUACCUUGAAGAGGAGCAGGCCAGUGAGGUGUUUACAAACUGCCAUGCUAAACCUCUGCUGACCACAAUGAAUUUACUGCGUAAGACACGGGUCCUGUGUGAUGUCACUUUGCAUGUGGGUGGAAUGGACUUCCCAGUCCACAGGAUUGUGUUGGCAGCCUGCAGUGAUUACUUCUGUGCCAUGUUCACUAAUGAGAUGUCUGAAAAAAGCGAGUCAAAGAUCCAUAUUCAAGGUGUUUCAGCAACUGUCAUGCAAGUCCUGCUGGAUUUCAUCUAUACCGAAACUGUCUGUGUUAAUAUAAGCAAUGUCCAAGAAUUAUUACCUGCUGCCUGCUUACUCCAGCUCACAGGGGUCAAAAAUGCAUGCAGUGCCUUCCUUGAGAAACAACUGGACCCCACCAACUGCUUGGGUAUUAAGAUCUUUGCUGAAAAUCACGGCUGCGAAAGACUGUUGACUGCUGCAGAGAAAUACAGUGUGAAAGCGUUCGAUGAAAUCAUACAGAACGAGGAGUUUCGACUUUUGCCAGUGGAAGAAGUCGAACGCUUGAUACAAAGUGAUGAAAUUGAGGUGAUUUGUGAAGAACCUGUCUAUGAAGCUGUUGUCAAAUGGGUGAAAUAUGAUCCAGAAACCAGAAAAGAUAAGCUUGCCCGCCUCCUUCAACAUGUUCGGCUGCCACUCCUGUCGGCCUGGUACAUCACGGAUAAAAUUGAUACAGAGCCAUUAAUUCGACGGUGCCAUGAAUGUCGGGAUCUCGUUGAUGAAGCAAAGAAAUUCCAUCUACGUCCAGAUCUUCGGAGUGGUAUGUGUAGCCUGAGGACUCAACCCCGUUAUGGUGAAUACUCCACUGUUUUACACUUUUCUGGAACAACGCUUCAUGCUUAUUUGAUUCACAUUGUUUCAAAUUAAUCAUCAUAUUAUUCUAAUUGGUUCCACUAGAGUCUGCUGAAAUCCCGGCGCUAUGUAUCUGCAGUAUCGUUAAAUGGUAAAAUUUAUGUUAUUGGUGGCUAUGAUGGUCAAGCACGGUUAAACUCUGUAGAAUGUUUGGACACAACAGCUGAAGAAGCCCAAUGGCAAAAUGUGGCUCCAAUGAAUCAACACAGAGGCCUAGCUGGAGCCUGUGUUUACAAAGGGAAAAUCUAUGUUUGUGGUGGGUUUGAUGGUUACUCUCGACACACAAGUAUGGAGGUUUAUAAUGUUGUACUUGACCAGUGGAUAUUACUGUGUGGUAUGUCUGUUGGUCGGGAAGGAGCUGGACUUGUUGUGGCCAGAGACAAGAUUUACUGUAUUGGAGGAUAUGAUGGGGUUAAUCUCCUUGAUUCAGGAGAAGUUUAUGAUCCAGACACUGAACGAUGGUCACCCAUGGAACCAAUGUCCACUCGGCGAUCAGGGGCAGGUGUUGCUGUUGUUAAUGACAUCAUAUAUGUGUGUGGUGGCUAUGAUGGCUCGAACCAUUUGUCCAGCGUAGAAUGUUUCAACAGCUACACUGGUCACUGGACAUCAAUACAGAAUAUGACUGUACCAAGAUGUUAUGUUGGUGCUUGUAUCUUACGGGGGAAGCUUCUGGUGGUUGCUGGAUAUGAUGGAAAUACAUUGCUAAAUUCUAUGGAGAGUUUUGACCCCUUGAAGAACACUUGGGAAAUAAUCGGCCAGAAUAUGUCCACCCAACGCUGUGAUGCUGGUGUUGCAAUCAUCCGCUAUUUUCCUGAACAUCUUUGUCAAUGAAUGACUCUCAAAAUUUCAGGACAUACAUACAUACAUGCAUAUAUACAUAUACACACAAAUAUGCAUACAUACACACACAAAUCUCUCUCUCUCCCUCUCUAUUUAUAUAUGUAUGUAUUUAUAUAUAUAUAUAUAUAUAUAUUUAUAUAUAUGUGUGUGUGUGUGUGUGUGUGUGUAUACACAUAUAUAUAUAUAUAUAUAUUACAUAAUUACAUAUAGGGACUAUCAUUUUGUUUAAUCACUCUUUCACAUGAUCUUACACAUUAGCAUACUGAUCUCAUAUAAAUUAACACACAUACACACACACUCACUCAUACAACAUGUAUAAACAUACAUAUACUCAUACUGAUAUAAGAAUGUGUGUGUGUGUGUGUGUGUGCAUUAUUACAUACAAAUUUCUUCAUAUUGUAUAUAUGCGUAUGUAUGUACAUAUAUACAUACACUGACAUACAUACACAUAGAUAUAGUGAUCAAGCAUAUUUCAUAUAUCAUAGUGAUAAAUGCUCAAUAAAAUAAAUAUAAGGUUAAUUUAUAUAUUUUAUGCAAUCACAGAAACCUGUCAAUCUGUGUUGCUGACAGUUUUUAAAGAUAAUCAAAGUCGUUGAGUACAUAAAGUCAAGAUCAAAUGACUCAUUCUGUUUGUGUUGCUUGGUUUAUGUGGCCAUAAAAGAAGCAGCCUUUACUUCUGUUUAUGCUUUAAAUUUGUGAAAUGAUAGACUUUCCCCCUGACAUUUUCUAAAUCUUAAACCAUAGAAUGUGGUUAAAUGGUGAUCAUUUGGAAUAAUUCCUUGACCAAUUUAUUUGCAUUGAAUAUAAUUUAAGGAUUACUUUAAAAAAUGUUCUAGAGCUUUGUUACAUAAUUUUAUUAUAUUUUGUCUACCAAUAUUCCUGAAAGAAGAGGUGUGAUUGUAAAAUCAUCUUUUGAACAGUGUUCCUGUCAUACUAAUACAGCGCCAUCCUAAAGUAUUAUAGUGGCAUGAGAGAAGACCUGUUCAAAAGAAGACUUUAACAAAGCCACUGGGAGAUGAAAUGUAACAAAACUCAUGAAUAUCUUUGAAAACUUUUAUUAACGUAUAAAUUGAUGGGUUUUUAUGAUUGCAUUGUUUACAUGUGUGUAUGUGUCUACAUACAUACACAUAUAUACAUACGGACAUACAUAAAUACAAACACACACACACAUAUGUAUAAACAUUUGUGGAAAUCAGAAAAGAAUUUACAAACUAAAUAUAAAAAAUAACACUAAAAAACUAAACUAUCUCAAGAAAUGAAUAUAAAAAUUGAAAUUUUAAAAAAACAAAUAUUUAUUAAAAUUACUUUUUCAGAAAACUUUGAAACAAAGCAAAAAAAAUUAUUACAGAAACACAAAUAACAACAGCAAAAAGGAAAACAACAAAAAAAAACUAUUCAUUUGCUGUCUGAAAUGUGUCCAAAGAUAAGAUUCUUUGGUCAAGAACAACCAAAAUAUUUAUUUAUUUACUGCUUUUUUGAUGAACACAUAAUUCAUCUGUCCACUUCCUGUUCCCCUUUGGGAUACUACUGAUUUUUUUCUCCUUUUUCUGUUCAUUCUGUCAUCACAACCAUGUUGUCAAUAGGUCCACCAUGUCAAAAUGUCUGUUGUCCAUUCUGUCAGAAUGUUCACUGUUCCAACAUGUCCACUCUGCCAACAUGAGCAACCAGUCAACAUCUCAGCUGUGACAAUAUGUCCACAUUGUCAACCUGACAGCUGCCACAUGUCCAUUCUGUCAGUGUCGAUUCUGUCAACAUUUCCAAUGUGUUAUCACAUCUCCUAUGCCAACAUGUCCACUGUUUUCACUGUCCACUUUAUUACAUGUCUGGUAUAUCUGCUGGCCACUGCAUUGGGUGUCCACUACACCAGAUAUCCAUUAUAUUCCUUGUCCACUGCUAUUAAUCCGAUCAGUUGAGUGGAAGAAGAAAGCAAAAAAAAAACUCAGCAACCCCUACCAGCCAGUCAUUACUCCCUGCCCCGACACAAAAAAAAAGACAUGCAAAACAAAGAUAAAAUUUAAAAGAAAAGAAAAAAUAUCUAAAUUGACUCCCAAUUUUGCAUGGAAAAUUCUUUCAAUUGCUUUUCUAUCUAACUAAAAAGAAAAGAUUUAGCAUAUUAUUAUUAUUAUUAUCAUUAUUACUAUUGUUAUUAUUAUAUAAGGCGGUGAGAUGGCAGAAUCGUUAGUACGCUGGAUGGAAUGCUUAGCAAUAUUUCGCCUGUCGCUAUGUUCCGAGUUCAAAUUCCACCAAGGUUGACUUUGCCUUUCAUCCUUUCAGGGUCGAUAAAAUAAGUACCAGUUGGGGUUGAUGUAAUCGACUCACACCCAAGCUGCUCUUGUAGCAGAAUUUGAAAUUAUUAUGCAAAAAUUCAUCAGGCUGGCGCUCAACCUGAUUUCCUUGCCAUAAAAGUGAUUGGGGUUACAAAACUCCCCUGGAUGGACUGUCAGCCAAUCAUGGGGUUAUCUUCCUUGUUGUUGCUGGAAUUCAUUUAUAACUGAGUGGAACAAUGUGAAAUGAAGUGUCUUGCUCAAGAACACACUGCUCAGUUCAGGAACUGAAACCUUGAUCAUAUGAUUAUGAACACAACACUCUAAUUACUAGACCACACAUCUUCACAUUCUGUCACUCUUGCUUGUUUGAGUCUUCACUCUUAGCUCUGCACUCCCAGUCCACUUAAGAGGUGCAGUGUACAAUUGUAUUCAUUACCGGGCUCUGUGUGUUAUGAGUGAUUUAAGUGUUUCAUCAGCUUCUGGUGUUGCUAAUUUUGAAAUCCUUGUGUUAGGUGAAGUAUGAUGAAAAUGACUUUCUUCCUCUCCCAGUGGAGUGAUAUCUCCUUCAAUCAUUUCACAUCAUCGACCACCUGGUAUAUCUCCAGCCUAUCAAACAUUUCAGCAUUCCCUGCUAAGAGCAGACACAGAGGUAGAGAGGAUGAAAGUAACAAACAAGCCACAGAUAUUUUAGAAAAAUGCAUUUUGGUGAUGUGAAGGAAAAAAAACCUGCAGUAGACUAGCUUCCUUUCCAGUGGCGAUGAUGUCACAAUCUAUCAAUCCUUGAAAAUUAUUAGAAAUCCCAAGUAAGAAAAAACAAUUUAUUUCUCUAUAUUUCUAUGACAAGUUAUUACUAGAAUAGUUGAGAAAUUACUAACUUAUUCACCUCAUAUUGUGUGUUUAUAUUUUUCUACAUUGGAUUCCAUUUAAUUCAUAAAUUGUUUCAUUGUUUUUAGGUGGAAAGCUAUAUUCCUCCACUUAUAAAUACACAUACGUACAAGGUGUGGUUAAAAGACCUCCUCCAUUUGCUACAUGUUGACUCCAUUUCUACCUGUCUGACUUUCUUAGUACCACAUCAACUGCUGCAUAAAGUAUGGGUGAAGUUAAGGCAGCUGGAAACAGUGUCUUCAUGUAGCAAAUGGAGAGGGUUGUUUUUUCCCACACCCUGUAUUAAAUAAUAUAUGUAUACACACACACACACACAUUUACAUCUAUAUAUAAAUGUAUGUAUAAUAUAUGUAUAUAAUGAUCUUUUGCUUUUACAUUUGCUGUUUUUUUUGGGGUUUUUUUGGUCUGUUUUAGCACAGCAUCUCACCACUCCUUGCAGUUCUUCAUCAUCUUUGUGAGUCUCACCAUCCAAAGACCAAGUAUCGCUUCUCACCAUGUCUUUGAUGUUCCUCUUCACUAGACUCCUUUCACUUGCAUGCAUUGACACUUUUUCUCACUCACCUGACUAUUCUUCAUUUUACACAUCAUGUCUCCAUUAAUGGCAUCUCUUCUCUCUUGUAUUUUCUUCUUCUCUCCUGUACUCUCUUCUCUCGUGUACUCUCUUCUCUUUCAUACAUGAAAGCUAAUGCCUCCAUUUCCCAGUUUUUCUCUCACCACACUUCUACUUCGUCAUUCAGACAUGCAAACAUUUACACAUCCAACAGUACAAGUUCACCUCAUUUCUUUCCUUCAUUCCCCACAUCCAGGGCAUGUACACAAACACCAUACAAUAUGCCCUUCACUUACUGAGAGAAUCCCUUUGUUGACAGCAGAGCUAAUAGAGCUCCCUAAACCUUUUCUACUGAUCUUUACUCUGGCUUUUACAACAUUCAUCUCCAUUACUAAUUUUGUUGCCUGGUUACCAGAAGCUUUCAGCUCCCUCUUACUAGACUUCUGAGCAUUUGAAAAAUCUUCAUUUCUUAGGUUCCAUUACUGCUAAUUAUUGCUGUGUGUUUAUUGUCCCUUACAAAAAUCCUUUUCUGGCAACCUCCCUCAGACCUCACUUCAGUUUUUGUAUAGUAAUUGCUAUUACAUUAUAGAGUUCCCACUUGCUCCCUUUUUGCAUAUUGAGUAUGACCAGUUCCUUGUUGGUACUAGUGUUCUGUUUUCUUUUCUGCUCAUGAAGACUUUCAUCUUUGGUUAAUUGCUCUUCUUUGGGUCUCCUGAUUCUUGAUGUUGCUUCCAUGUUUUUAAUAUUUCUUCUAAUACUUUGACUGAUUUGGUUAUGAGAAAUGGAACAUUGACUACAGACAGUCUUGAACCCCUCUUUUAUUGACUGGAGGGAACUGCAAUAAAUAGGAAGGGACUGAGGACUGAGCCCCGAUGGACACCAAUCUGCACACCUUCUUAACGAACGUAUGACCCAUUCUUACUUUCUUGGUGACACACCUGUACAUGGCAUGCAUUGCUUUUGCAAAUUAUUCAGCGACACUCAGACAAGGAAGUAUGCUGUUCUACCAGAAGCUGUCUCUAACUCCCUGAUGCUUGCUGGUUUGUAUUUUGACUAAGAACUUCAGUAUUCUUAAAGAGAACUGGCAAUUCCUCAUCGUAACAAAUCCAAAACUACAUCUGGCUUAGCUCUACCAUAACUCUCUCUCUCCAACUUUCUUCACCAAUUUCUUGGCUGCAUCUUUUAAAGCAUCUCCCUGGCCCUUGCAGCUGUUCACAAUGAACCUGCUACCCCAGCCAAAGCCAAUCCAUUGCUACAACUGUCUCCACACCCCUUCGUUAACUCUGAAAAUAAUCUGAAUAUCUCUUUUACUUUUUUCAGUCAUUGAACCAUGGCCAUGCUGGUGCACCACCUGGAAGGGUUUUAGUCAAGCAAAUCCCCCCCCCCUGCCAGUACUUGUGUUUUUUUAAGUCUGGUACUUAUUCUAUUGGUCUGUUUUGUUGAAUUGCUAAGUUACAGGGUUGUAAACAAACCAACACCAGUUGCGAAGGGGCUGGAGUAAUAUUCUGACAUUGAGGCAAACCUCUUACUUUUCACUUAGCUGUACCAUUAUUUCAUGCAGAUACAAGACAGCGAGCUGGCAGGACCAUUAGCACACCAGGCAAAAUGCUUAGCAGUAGUUUGUCCAUUUUUACAUUCCGAGUUCAUAUCCUGCCAUGGUUGACAUUGCUUUUCAUCCUUUUGGAGUCGAUAAAAUAAAUACCAGUUGAGCACUAGAAUCAAUAUAAUUGACUAAACCCCCUCUCCCAAACUUUUAGACCUUAUUCCUGUAGAUAUAUUCGAUGCUAUCCAAUCUUCGAGUUAUCCAAUAUCUUUCUUUACUCUCCACUUCAUCCGGUGCUUCAUAGUUUUUAUGGGCUUAUCUUCCAUAACUAUUUCUCCACCUUGCUAAUCCUGGGACCUUGGUCUCUGCUUUGCAGUAAGUUGUCUUGUAAGAAUGCACAAUUGUUCUUGACAGUUUUGUUUCUUCUCCACCUCUCUCUCCUCAUAGUCAUCAAAUAAUACUUCUUGAGAGUUACAUCUGGAACAGGGACCUUUUACUUACCACCCACCAAUUCUUCUCUUGUUUGUUUUAUUGAUAAGUUUGUCUAAGUCUUAUCCUAAGGUCCCCCAAAUUUCUGUGCACGCAUACAAAUAUAUAUAUAUACACACAUAUACGUGUAAUAUAUAUAUGUAUAUAUAUUUAUGUAUAUAUCAAAUCUAUAUAUCUAUGGACACAAUUAUACAUCAUAUGUGUGUGUUUGUAUACAUAUAAAUAUAUAUAUACAUACGCUUACAUAUGUAUAUACAUAUAUACACAUAUUUAUACACACAAACACAUUGCUGAAUGAUGCUAAAAUUGUUCCAAAUGUACUUUAUUGAAUCAUGAACUUGGAGGUCAUCGUAGUAGUAGUAGUAACACUACUACUACUACUGCUGCAGUAUUUGUUUUUGUGCCAUAUUCAAGAAAAUAAUGUCCAAUGUUUGCUAAUUCUUUUCUUUUCACUUCUUCCAAAUUGAAAUAUCUUUUUCUUUUUACGUCUGUCGGAAUAUAAGGAGGACCUUGCAUGGCAGAGCAUCAAUCUCGACUAAAACCAAACCUGAAAUUACUCCCCCAUCCCCACCAUGUUAAAAAAAAAAUGAUGUCACUAAAAAUGUGAGAAUUGAGGGAAAAAUCUGCAUUUCUGUGAUAAAGCGCAAUGUCUGCCCUCCUUUGUAAUAUUUCCUGUCUAUAAAGUGGUUUCUGUCAUUUAAAAA